AUGUCAGGUCCUUACGAUUCAUACGGCGGUGGCCAGAACUACGGUGGCCAGCAGCAAUAUGGCCAGCAACAGAAUUAUGGAGGCGGUUAUCCGCCUCAGACUGGCUAUGACCAGAAUCAAGGUGGCUAUGGACAGCAACAGCAAUAUGGACAGCAACAACAGAACUAUGGUGGUGGCUACCAGCAAGAUCAGAACUUCGGCCCACCCCGCCGCCAGGACUCUUUCGGUCCUCCCCAACAUGGUGGCUUCCAACACGGCCAAGCAGGAGGCCAAUAUGGUCAAUAUGACGCCAGUAACCCACAGGGCCAGCCCAGCUACUACGGCUCCCAACAGGGUGGCGACGCCUACUCACAAAACCAAGCCUACCAGCAGCAGUGGGCGCAGGGUGGUCAACAACAAGGAGGUUCACAACCAUAUGCCGGUGAUCAUCAAUUCGCCAAACAAUCAUCCGAUCCCAACGCCCCUAACUAUGAUCCCAGUGCGCCCCCAAUGUCAGACCAGGACAGAGGCUUGAUGGGCGCCAUUGGAGGCGGUUUGGGUGGUGCGUUCCUCGGAAAGAAGGCUAACCACGGCUUCUUGGGCACAGUCGGUGGUGCUAUCUUGGGCAGCGUGACAGAGGAUCUCUUCAAGAACAAGAAGAAGACUCACGGCUCCUCCAACAGCAGCUGGGGAGGUUCCGGCAGAUACUGA